AUGAUAGCGUCACUGAUACCAUUGAAUUUUUCUGCCUAUCCUAAUUAUGCUCUAAAUUGUACAUCCGGUUGUACAACAGUCGUUGGAUAUAGCUCUAUUCCACUUGCAAACUAUUGUACAGAUUUCAGUGUUCCAUUAGAUUUAACCGUUGGACGUCAGACAGAUACUGUUAACGUCUCACUAUCCUCAGACUUUACCGUUGCAUUUCAAAGCUCCGCAUGGCAACCAUUGGCUGUUGGAUCAGGUCUACAUUGGAGUAUUUCGUGCACUAUUGAUAAUCUCCAACGGCCUGAUGGAAAAAUAAACACAUCGCCAAUUUCUACGAUGUCAUCUCCUCUAAAUAUUCCCGCCGGCAUCACUCAGUAUAUUACGAUACCUACUGCAGACUCUGAUAAUGAUGACGUUCGAUGUCGGUUUGCUAAUGGUACCGUCGAAUGCGCCGAUGUUUGCUAUCCAAAUUCUGUUCCUAAUGGUACACUGCUUCUGUCAAAUUGCACAUUGAUUAUAACAGGCACUGUUGUUAAUGCUGUUUACGCAAUUGCCAUUCAGGUUGAAGAUUUUUGGAACACUUCGUCAACGACACCAUUCAGUUCCAUUCCUACACAGUUUCUAGUAAAAGUUUAUUCUCCACCAGCGUGUACAAUGCGUCCAUUAAUCUAUCCUGGAGUUCAACUGGAUGCAUGUAUCGGUAUUCAAGUUGGUCAAACGUUUCAGAUGCAACUAAUUGCAGAAAAUCUAUGUGGAAAUAAUACAACUAUAUCCGAUAUCGGAACAGUAUCGUUCUUUAGAGUAUCCAAAAGUUCGCUAAUUCAAAACAGUACAAAUAUCUGGUCCAUAACAAUCACAUAUAUACCGCUAAACACAGAUGUAGGUUCUCAAACACUUCCCUAUGUCCAACUUCCACUGCCAGCAAGACAAGUACAGUGGCAACAUUUCAAGGUAAGGCAUUGACUACCCAAAAAUGCUAGGCAAAAAUGUAAUAUUUUAGCCUCUUCAAAUGAUGGAUUGAAUUUGGCAUUGCUGCUCGGUUUAUUGUUACCAUUACUCACGUUACUAGCUAUAUGUUGCUCUUGUUUCUAUUGGCUGUAUACGCGCUACCGGUAGGUAUUAUACCAACUAGAGAUAAACGCUUGUUCAUAUGACAUUGUUUCGACGUAGUCAUUCAAACAAAAGGCGCGCAGAUGAAUCGAGAAAUGUGUGUUACAGAAGACAAUACAUCAACGAUAGCCAAAACGAUCGUUUAUAUUCGUCAACCGGUUCUUUAGCCUCCGGUUCUUUAUCACCAUUUGAACUGAACUCCACAUCACUCAUAACAAGAUCAAGCUAUUUGUGGCCUAACACUCUUUUGUCACCAUCUACAGUUACUCUGAAUUAUCCUAAUCAGGUUAAUCGAUCAAAAAGUUUAUCAUUCCGGUUGCAGAAUCGAUUGAAUCUUGUUUCGCCUAGCUACCCAUCUCGUCGUCAAACUACACAAUCGUCAAGCGGACAAUAUUCUGAGCCAGUUUUAAUUCGGGCUUAUUCGCAACAACAAUCGCACGUCGUUUCGUCCAUGUCUCUGCAGCGCUCGCCGGACCCUAAUCAAAGUGCACAGCAUAGUGACUCAUUUCUAGUUCGUGCUUAUUCACAACAAUCAAGAAUGAGCAGUUUAAGUACUGCCAAUAAUGUGUUGCACAACGCGUGAAGACAAGUACAAGAAACUAUCGCUUUGAAUAGAAAUACUACGUCGGCUAAUAUAUCUACAUAUAUCUGUCGCUCAAAUCUUUCGUAACUUUUAGAACAAUUAUUAGAGUUCUAUCGUAGAGCGUAAAUCCGUCGUUUUCUUGAUGUGGCAUGCAGAAUCUGUAUGUGGAACAUAAGGACACAUUCAGAAGGAAAGAGAACAAGCAAUUCUCUUCGCUUCUCUUUCCAUUCAUUUGGUCAAAAUACUCAUUUCAUCUUGAUAUUUUGACAGAUGAUUUUAAUUAAUUUUGUCAUACCUCUUUGACCUUGCGGAACUACAUGACACUUAAUGUCAUUUAAUAUAUAUUGAAGCGUUGAGAGAACUUGCUGUAAUUAAUAUAGAAAUCGAAGAAACGUCAGUAUUUGAAUUAAGAAGAAUUAUAAAAGCUUUAAGGACAAAAAGAGCGUCGUUCUAUGACAAUAUACCAGUUUGCAUAAUUAAAAUGAUAUCUCCAGCCUUUAUGGGCCGCCUGUGUUAAUCUCAAAGAAUUGGCAAAGAGUUUGUUGAGUUGUUCUUCAACAGAAGCAGCCCAAAAAUAAAUCACUUCAGACGAGUAAGAAUCUAUCAUCUGAACUUGUGAACUGAGUCAGUUCACAAGUUCGGAUGAUGAAAUAUCUCCUGCUUGAUACGCAUUCAAAAUUCUAUAAGAUUAUUUUAAAAAGAGCCGAAAGAUGAUCAGAAGUGAAUAGACUUAUACGUCUAGAGCAGUCUCUUAGAAGAAAUUAAAGAGUUCUAAGCAUUCUGAAUCUAAUGAAGUAAGAAAGACCAUUAUCUUGUUUAUAUGUCUUGAGUAAUACACUGUCCAGUUUUAUCUCGUCUAAAUACACUAUAUAUAUCCUCUAGAGCCAAACAUUCUUUGAUAAGGCGCGCGUAAUUCAAAGUUACCACGCAUUUUUAUUUUUAAUUCAAAUAGAUAUAUUCUGAUAGAGCAAAGUGUGCUGAUCACGAAUAUCGCCGUCCGAGUUUAAAAAAAUAUCAUCUUCAGGG